AAGAGGGAUGCAAAGGAGAUGGCUGAACUUAGAUAGCCCUGUAUUUGGAAAUAUCUUCACCAUGGACCUUUCCCGGAGGACACAGGGGUGCGGAGGACGACUGUUUGUCCUCGCAGUCGUGUUGGGGUGCUGUUUGGGGUCUGCGAGUAGUUUCGGUCAGAGUCUAGACAGCGAGUUCACGUUUCUGCUGCAAGCCGGAAGAUCCGAGUGUUUCUUCCAGACAGCAGUGAAGAAUGGGACGAUGGAGGUCGAAUAUCAGGUUAUAGCAGGUGCAGGUAUGGAUGUAGACUUCACCAUCAUCUCCCCAGAAGGCAUCCAGGUCAUCUCAGAGUCUCGACGCUCUGAUGGAGUCCACGUGGUGGAGACCACGGUGGAGGGAGACUAUGAAAUCUGCUUUGACAACAGCUUCAGUCGCUUCUCAGAGAAGAUGGUUUUCUUUGAAAUCAUCAUCGAGGGUCAAGGAGGGGAUGUGGGUGGAGAUGAAGAGUGGCCGGGGUUAGAAGAGCCUGAUGGAAGCCUUCUGGAGUACAAGCUGGAGGACAUCCGGGAGUCCAUGGACUCUCUGCACAGACGCUUGGAGCGCAGUCGACAGAUGCAGACCGUGUUGCGGGCUUUUGAGGCACGGGACCGAAACCUUCUCGAAGACAAUCUGUGGAGGGUCUCAUUCUGGUCCUGCGCCAGUGUGCUGGUGAUGCUGUGCGUGGCUCUUACACAGGUCUACACUGUCCGUAAACUAUUUGAUGAUAAGCGGAGGGUCUGCACAUAGAGGGAUUAUUUUGUCCUGGUAAAAUACAGCCUUUAAAGAAGAACAGUCCAGAGGAUCAAUACAAGAUGUUCACCUGGUUACCCAUUCAGAUUAUGCCCUAAUAUCUUUCAUUUAGCACAGCAGCAUUCAACAUCAAUUUAAGCAAAUCUUUUUUUACUUCUAAAAUCUCGUCUAAAUCAGUUUGUGAGCAAUAAUUUAAUAUUAUUAGGUCAUGAAGGGUAACCAGAUGAGGAAGCUGAAGUUGGAGCUGGUUAUUUCAUUUCAUUUAGUGCCUUUAAUGUCAAAUCUUGCCACAAACCAGUGAGGAAAAUUUAUUUUGAAAGGCACUGCUCACAUAGACGGAACAAUAAACCUUGUAGGACAGUUGUGCUUUGUUUGUGAAACUGGUGAGAGCUUUGGGAAUUUUUCAUUCAAGGUAAAAUUUUUAUUACUAAAGGUUAAUGGUCGGUUUUAUGACACACCUGAAAGACUGACCCACAGAACUGCUAGUCUGCUGGUUUACAAGGGAUAACAGUGUGCAAUAGAGUUGUUGGCGUAUUUGUUCUUCCUGACAAUUUAAAGGGAGCCUAUUAUGCUUUUUCCAAAUUUUCUGUCCUGUACAAGGUAUGAUAUUAAAGAUGGCCAGAGUUAGAAGUAAUUAGGUACAGGUAUGUAAAAGUAAUCCCUGUGAGCAAACACUCCAGGCUUGUUAUGAAUACCCCAAUUAUUCAAAUGUUUUCUUUGUAUUGUGGCUCGGAGCUGACAUCAGAUCGUGACAGAUUUUCUCCAUGUAUGCCACUGCAAAUGUUUACACGGCAUAGCCUAAACGACUACAUGUAGCUACAUGCUAUCAUCAGGGUGUCAUUUAAAUUAAAGUUUUAUUUAAAUUUGGUUGCCGAGGUUGUACAUUUGGAGAAUUCGCAUCAUAUUCCUACUAGAACAUGUCGGGUUAUGUUAAGAAGCUUUUAUUUGUGAUUUUUUUUAUGGUAGAAAAUGCAGAUAUUCUCUAUUACAGUCAUUUUCCAGCUGGAAGUACAAUGCUAACGUACAUUUAACUACAUGCAAAUGUCGGAAACAUCUUGAUUACUGAUGUUGUUAAAAUCUUCCUGGUUUCAGAUCAUAUUAUUGCUGGAACUUGUCUGGUUGUGUUUAGAAGCUUUCAUUGGUGAUUUUUAAAGGAAGAAAGUGUCGCUAUUUUAUGUAACAAUCAGUCCCUGGCUGGAAGUACACUGCUACUUGUAGCUACAUGACAACAUCUGGGAAGCAUGUAAUCUUAGUCGCCGAUGUUGUUAAUUUCUCCCAAAUUUCAGCCAAUUUUCUUGCUUAAACAUGUUCAGUUGUGAAAACUUUGUUGUAGAGGCUUUUAUUGGAGAUUUUUUUCACAGUAGAAAGUUCUGCUUUUUUACAUUAUAGUAAUUUCCCAGCUACAAGUACAAUGCUACAUGUAGCUAUAUGCUAACAUCAGGGAAACAUCUUGUGUGAUAAUCUUGUGUGCAGAAGUUUUUAUUUUCACCCUGAUUUCGGAUAAUUUUCUUGCUUGGAAAUUACUGUUAGAUAAGAUUUUGGUUUAAAAGGAGAAAUUGCAGGGUUGAAAGUGUUAUUCUCUGUAAUUGUUACCAUGGCAACACUGACAGUAUAGAGAUGCUAAGAUAUGGAAGACCAGAGAAUUCAGCAGACUGGGCUUUUUUGGGAGAGGGACUUAAAGACACAGGCACUAAGACAGAGCAUUUGAAACUGAGAAUGAAAAUAAAUGUUCCAGUAUAGCCAGUAUGAGGAAAAUAAAGUGUAUUAAAGGAUGUAAACAUGUUCUAGCAGGAAUCCAAAAUACAAGUAUGAACCUGAAGAUUAACAUAAUAGGUCCCCUUUAAUGUCUUAGCAUUAUAUCAGUGAUUUGGCCAUCUGACCAGGCGUUUCCUUGGUUACAGGCGUGUUAAUGGUUGGUUCUUUUAAGAUGUUACUGAUUUACUUUCAUGUGCCAGUUCUUGCUGAUGUGUUGACGAAUAAGAAUGUAGAUUAACAAAGAGAAAUGAUUUGCAGUGUGAUUGCCAAUAAUGUACAAUGUGUCAGUACUCUUCCAGAUAAAUAUGUAUGUGUAUGUCUGUUCAGAUAUAUGUCAGAGUAAUUCAGUGUGAAGAUACCGAGUGUUAAUUGUGCGUUUGUUCGAUGAUCCAUCUUUUUUUUUCCAGAUGUAUGUUUGUGUUAACAGAAUGUGACAUUUUCAUUGUGCUCAGACAGCCACUGAGCGUUUUUUUUUUUUUUGUUAUUUUAGUAAGAACAGGCUUUCAUUACAUACUCGAUAGAAAAAGUAAAAAUCAGGUUUACAUGGGAGUCAUUGAUAUUAAUAAAUGCAUUUUUUUACACAGGAAGUACUUGGUUUGUUGUGAGUUGUCUUUCACGAAUAAAGAAAUUAAAUACA